CUCCUCCCGAAAAGUGCAAAGUCGCGAUUCAUUUUGCGACCAAGCCAAACCGGUUCCUUCCAGCCACUUUCCUUUCAUGACCCGGUGACGUCCAAUUGAAUGCGUGGCGCGCUCUGUCGUCCCGACGUUCAGAUGCGGCCAUGUCUGAGGCCUUGCGCGCGUCUGCCUCGUCUGCCUCCUAGCCGCCGUCUUCCCUCUUCUAUCACGACAUCAUGUCAACAACCACCCAGGACACUGCCAGGUAGAGCUGGCUUCUCCUCGCUAGCUAGCCUCAAAUCGCGCCAGAAUGACCGAGCCAGACGCUUUCCAGCUCUGAGAUCGCUCAGCAGCUCCCAACUCCUUCCGACCACCGCCCCCGUUCUCGCGAGAUACAAUAGCACGACUGCGACCUCCCAGAUGCCCCUCGAGAGGAAAGCGAUCGAGAUCGAGAAACGAAUCGCUGCCAUUCCGCUCGAGCGCUACCGAAACUUCUGUAUCGUCGCCCACAUCGACCAUGGCAAGAGCACACUCUCUGAUCGUCUGUUGGAGCAUACGGGAACCAUCACGGCCGGCGAUGGAAACAAGCAGGUCUUGGAUAAGCUCGACGUCGAGCGCGAGCGCGGCAUUACUGUCAAGGCGCAGACAUGCACCAUGAUCUACAAGCACAGAGACGGCCUCGAUUACCUUCUCCACCUCGUCGAUACCCCAGGCCACGUCGACUUUCGCGCCGAAGUGACACGGUCCUAUUCGUCGUGCAGCGGCGCCCUGUUGCUGGUCGACGCCUCGCAGGGUGUGCAGGCGCAGACGGUCGCUAACUUUUACCUCGCCUUUGCGCAGGGCUUGUCUCUGGUGCCCGUCGUCAACAAGAUCGACAUGGCCAGCGCCGACGUGCCGCGCGUGCUGGAACAGUUGGAAACCGUCUUUGAGCUGGACACCUCGACGGCCGUCAAGGUCAGCGCCAAGACCGGUCAAGGCGUGGGCGAGAUCUUGCCCGCGGUCAUCUCUAACGUGCCGGCUCCCGUCGGUGACGCCAAGAAGCCGCUGCGCAUGCUCCUGGUGGACUCGUGGUACGACACCUUCAAGGGCGUCGUCUUGCUUGUCCGUCUCUUUGACGGCACGCUCAAGCAGGGCGACAAGGUUUACUCCUUCGCCACGGGCAAUGAGUACAUUGUCGGCGAAGUCGGUAUCCAGUACCCUGACGCCGUUCCGCAAAAGGUUUUGAGGGCAGGCCAAGUCGGCUACGUCUUCUUCAACCCCGGCAUGAAGCGCAUCCAAGACGCCAAGCUAGGCGAUACCUUUACCAACGUCGGGUGCGAAGACAUCGUCGAGCCUUUGCCCGGCUUUGAGGAGCCCAAACCUAUGGUCUUCGUCGCCGCUUUCCCUACCAACCAAGACGACUACGGCCGCUUGGCCGACUCCAUCGCCCACCUCGUGCUCAACGACCGUUCCGUCACUUUACAAAAGGACUACUCCGAAGCCCUGGGCGCCGGCUGGCGUCUGGGCUUCUUGGGCUCUCUCCACUGCUCCGUCUUCCAAGACCGCUUGCGCCAAGAACACGGCGCCUCCAUCAUCAUCACCGAGCCGGCCGUUCCUACCAAGAUCAUCUGGUCCACCGGCGAAGAACUCAUCGUCACCAACCCCGCCGAGUUCCCUGACCCAGACGACCACCGCAUCCGCUCCGCCACUUUGUACGAGCCCUUUGUCAACGCCACCGUCACGCUACCAGAGGAGUACGUAGGCCGGUGUAUCGAAAUCUGCGAAAACGCGCGCGGCGUGCAAAAGUCGCUCGAGUUCUUCACUGCCACGCAGGUCAUCCUCAAGUACGAGCUUCCCGCCGCUUCGCUGGUCGAUGAUCUCUUUGGCAAGCUGAAGGGCGCGACGAAGGGGUAUGCGACGCUGGAUUAUGAAGAUGCGGGGUGGAGGCAGGCGCAGCUGGUGAAGCUGAACUUGUUGGUCAAUAAGAAGGCGGUGGAUGCCGUGGCGAGGAUUGUUCAUGUCAGUCAGGUGGAGAGGUUGGGGAGGCAGUGGGUUACCAAGUUUAAGGAGCAUGUGGAUCGACAGAUGUUUGAGGUGAUUAUUCAAGCCGCCGCCGGCCGCCGCAUCGUCGCCCGUGAAACUAUCAAGCCGUUCAGGAAGGACGUGUUGGCUAAGCUGCAUGCUAGUGAUAUCACUAGACGCAGGAAGCUGUUGGAGAAGCAGAAGGCGGGUAGGAAGAGGUUGAGGGCGGUGGGUAACGUGAUUAUUGAUCAGUCGGCGUUUCAAAAGUUCUUGUCGAAGUGAGUGGGUGAAAGACAAACUGAAGGAGGAGGACGAGGAGGAGGAGGACGAGGAAGAGGAAGAGGUAAUGUACGAAUACUUGUAGGUAUCUUAUGUCCCUUUGGCGUUCCUGUUGGAUUACAGGUGGCAUGUGUUACUAAUUCUGUUUAUUUGUUUGUUUGUUUGUUUGUUGACUUGUGGUUCUUGCUUGUGGUGUUUUCAUCAUCUGCCCGUUCAGUCUUCGUUCAGUUUCCUCUUUACCCCGUUUCCUUUUUGUGGUCCUUUUCUCUCUUGCGGCGGAGUGACAGCACGAUUUCUUCAACCCUCACCCCGCACUUGCUGUCACAGUCCUGGCUUCCGUUUAGUGCUGA